AUGUACAACACGGAGUACGAGCUCGUGGUAAGGCUGUUGCAGCACUACUUCGGAGCGCAGGUGGCGAAGGUCGGCGGCGCGAUCCUACUCCGCGGCCAAGUGACCUUGCAGCGGCUCUUGAGCCAACCGCAGUCCGACUUCAAGACUGUGCGCAAUAGCUUAAUAAUCUUGAUUCACCAUGGCUUCGUAGACUACGUGUUGCAGGCUCCGCAGGCGGGAGGUCGCCGUUCUGCGGCGGUGCUGUACUCCCUGAACUGCGAACGUGUUUUGGCUUUUCCUCUGCUUGCCUUCGGCUGCCUCAUGGCGAAGAAGGAGCUGACAGAAGACUGCUGCGCCGUCCUGGUGCUGGCAGCAAAGCGUGGUACUAUAUCGCAACGGCGGCUUUGUGAGCUAUGCGUCGCUGAUCUCUCUUUACGACCAGAAGAUGUCAUGUCAUGCGUGGCCAGUUUGAUCCAGUCUGGAUAUCUGAUGAGCUGCGAGUCAUACCGUCAUCGUUUGACGACUGUGGAGGUCACCUCGAGAGGAACGGACCCAAACGACCCGCUUGCGGCAAUGAACUCCGCCAUAUACCACGUGAUGCAAGGCGCCGAGCUCACGGGUGCGGAUGGCCCCAUGCUGCGCGUAAACUCUCAAUACGUGGUUGACCGUUUGCUCAAAGAGGAGAUCGUGAACCUCGUUUGCAGACGGGUGGGCGACCUCCCGAUGGUGCGGGCAAUCAUGAAGGUCCUCCUGGACAACCCUAGGAAGGAGUGGCCGCAUGUGGUCGAGCACACGCAGCUGGAGUCCAAGGUCAUCCGCAUCUUGCAGGACGAGUUUGGCAAGAGCCAAACCGGAGAGCAGGUAAUGCGCCUGCUCAGCGCGCUGAACAAGCACCCCGACAACCUUGUCCGUUAUGAGGCAGUAACUCGCAGCUACUAUUUCGACUGGGAGAAGGCUAGGGGCAUGUUGCGCAGAAAGACCAUUUUCGGGUGCGUGGUCUGUUUCACACGUUAA